AUGAAAUUUGUUCAUCGAAAUCAAAUUUAUCGAGAAAGAUUUCUUAUUGUAGCUGGAAAAUUUUUAGGUCCAGUACGAAGUGAAUUAAAAAAAAUAGCUCCUCAAUUUAAUGAAUUUUGUCAUUAUCGAUCAGUUGAUAUUGUUUCAAUUCUAUGUGAAAAAUGGUUUCCAAACAUUUAUAAACAACGACCUUUUAAAAACGAUGAUGGUAACGAUUUAAAUAAUUCUAUUGAACUUGUUCGUUUUUAUCGUUGGACUAUAUUUAAAUAG